CAAAUAGGCCGAGUUUCGAGCUUAGUUCGUUCUGUUUGUUGGUGGCAAGAGGCAGUCAGCUGUUUGUUGGAAGUGCGAUGGCUGCUGGAUGUUGUGGUACAAAGAAACAAAAGCUCAAUAAUUCAUCCAGCAUACCGUCAUGUAACGGGACGUCUGUUUCGAAUGGGAUGAGCAACGGGACGGGAAUGGUCGCUCUACCAGAUAUGUGCUUCUUCUGUUUCGACGUCCUCUAUUGCCAUUUGUAUAACCUAGCCCCUCCGAAAACACCAUCUUUCAGUAACGAUGCAUAUCCUUUAUUUGUAACAUGGAAAAUAGGCAAGGACAAGAGACUCAGAGGGUGCAUAGGUACCUUCAAUGCCAUGAAUCUGCAGUCCGGACUCAGAGAAUAUGCCAUCACAAGUGCUUUCAAAGACUCCAGAUUCAGUCCAAUCACUCGCGACGAAUUUCCCAAGUUGAGUGUGUCGGUUUCGAUUCUGAGACAUUUUGAAGACGGGGACGACUACCUGGACUGGCAGGUUGGAGUUCACGGCAUAAGAAUCGAAUUCGUCAAUGAGAAGGGAAACAAAAGAACUGCUACGUACCUGCCUGAAGUGGCCUCUGAACAAGGUUGGGAUCAGCUGCAAACCAUAGACUCUCUCCUGAGGAAAGGAGGUUACAAAUCGGUGAUAUCAAGCGAAAUGAGACGUACAAUUAAAUUGACUCGGUAUCAAAGUGAAAAAAUAACAGUGACUUAUCAAGAUUAUAUGAACCAUUGGAAUAGCCUGAGAUGCUAGCAGAUAAUGUGGGGGCGCUCCCCAGUGGCGCCCCCACAACCUACUUACUCCCACACUGUGCCCCCAUGCCGCUCCGCCACUUUCGUGAUGGUGCAGCCUCCCCUGCCGAUACCGAGCUACGGACCGACAGUGGCCCCCGUGCAGCCCCCCUAUGUGCCCAUGCCCGCGCCGGUGCCCAUGUGGUGGGACAACUACCCCGGGCCGUCUUACCAGCAGGAGUUCCCCAUGCUGUCUCCGCCCGAAUCUCAGUAUAGCGGUUACCAAAACUUCUUUCGUAAACAGAAGUGACCCACCAAUUAUCUCAGGAGUUUUUGUUAUUGUACCAAGUUGUAAUCGCGUAUUUCGAAGCUAAGGCCCCACGAAUCCGAGGCGCAGCUCUGAUGCCUGGGAUCCUAGCUGAUCGUAUAGAACGGUGUGGUUGCAAAGCUUUUUUUGCAUUACGGAUGUGUCGAUAGAUAUUCGGUAGCGGAUCUACCAAAGUUUUUACACUUGGAGUAUCGGCAAAUUUAUACAAAUAUAUUUCUUUUUUUGUAGUUUUGAUAAGUUCAAUAUAUUUUGAAUAAUGUUGGGGUAAGAAUUGAAUUUUAAGUGACAUUGUAUAAAAAUAACUCAAAGUUUUCGUGUACUUUUGUUUUAUAUGCAAGUUUUCAAAAUCUUUGCAACCAGCCUUAUGAAACAAAAAGAGAAGCUUACAGGUUUGACCUGCGAUGCUUUUUGAUGCUCAGAAGGGCUUAACCAGUUUAAAGUUUUAUGCUUCAGAAUUUCGAUACUUUAACUGACAAUUCUGACUUCAAUUCCAGAAUUUAGUAUUUCAGUCUUUGGAAUUUAGACAAUCUCUCAGAAUUUCCGCAUUUAAUGUAAGAAUUCCAUAUUUCUAUGUUCAAAUUCCAAACUUGAAACUGGGAAUUCAACUGUCGUUGCAGAAAUUCCGACUUACUCUGAAAUUUUGACAUUUAAUUUCGAAACUCCAACUUGCAUUAAAAUUUCGAUAUUUAAAGUGACCAUUCCGACUUCAAAUCCGGAAUUAGGAAUUUCAAUCUUUGAUUUCCCACUCGAUUCUGACCUACCUUGGAAUUUUGACAUUAAAACUGAAAAUUCAGACUUUGAAUCGCAGAAAUCAUAGUUUUAAUUUCGGAAUUCCAACUUGCCUUGAAAUUUCGAUAUUUGAACUGACAAUUCCGACUUCAAAUCCGGAAUUAGGAAUUUCAAUCUUUGAUUUCCAUCUCAAAAUUCUGACUUGCCUUAGAAUUUUAACAUUUAGACUUUAGAUCAUAGAAAUUGGAAUUUGAGUUUGGAAUUUUAACUUAGCUUGGAAUUUCGAUAUUUAAACUGACAAUUCUGACUUGCCUUUGAAAUUUUGACAUUAAAACUGAAAAUUUUGACUUUAGGUCACAGAAAUUGGAAUUUUGAUUUCGGAAUUCCAAUUUGCCUUAGAAUUUCGAUAUUUAAACCGACAAUUCCGACUUCAAAUCCAGAAUUAGGAAUUUCAAUCUUUGAUUUCCAUCUCAAAAUUCUGACUUGCCUUGGAAUUUUAACAUUUAGACUUUAGAUCACAGAAAUUGGAAUUUGAGUUUGGAAUUUUAACUUAGCUUGGAAUUUCGAUAUUUAAACUGACAAUUCUGACUUUAAUUCCGAAAUGAGGAAUUUUACGCUUUGAAUUCCAACUCAAAAUUCUGACUUGCUUUGAAAAUUUCGAAAUUAAAACUGAAAAUUUUGACUUUAGAUCACAGAAAUUGGAAUUUUGAUUUCGGAAUUCUGACUUAGCUUGGAAUUUCGAUAUUUGAACUGAAAAUUCUAACUGAAUUCUAACUUUUAAUCUUAGAUUUCUGCUUUUAUAACUUGAAACUUUCACUUACAUUAUAAUUUGGACAUUAAAACUAGGAAUUUCAGCUUCUA